AUGCCUGAUCGUGAGCUGCGUUCUGGUACGGUUCGCAACGCGAGCCCCUUUCUAGAAUCUGGGUGGGAACGUGUGUCGAAGCGCCAGAAGACAGGAGGAAGCCACACGCUGUUUGGGCCUGUAUCUUCAGCGCUAUCUCCACCACAUAGCAUCGAGCGCACUAAAGGACUCAGAACGAUGGAUUCACCAACGAAGACCAUGAAAGGACGCAAGAAAUUUAUCGCAGAUUUCAAUGCCAUGAAGGAGGCGUCAAAGGAAGGCUUCCAGGUCAAUGAUCUCCACGUUCGCCACGUAAAAGCUGGCGAGGACGAAGGAGCAUUUGAGUGUGACGUGGUGAGACCAAAUGGGGAGCCCCUGGUAUCCCUGAACUGCGUCGUCUCUGACACAUCUGAAUAUCCGGAGAGCCACACUUUCUUUUGCUUUUCGCAAGAUGAAAAUCCUCCUCCGCAUGUGCUACGGGCAAUGGAGGCCGUUCACGAGGAACGCUCGUGCACGAUAGAAAUGUUGUUGAAGAAUUUGCUCUCGACACUAGCUAGGAAGAUCUCUGUUGGUCAUGAGCAUACGGAGGAAGGGUCUGAUAACGAUGAAAUGGAGGAAGACUACGAUGCAUACGAUGCAUACGAUGAGCAUUCAGAUGACGACUUUGGAAUCAUUGCUACUAACAAGAUUCAAAUGAACGUCGGCUGUCUACAGCGUGAUUUCAAUGAGGCGGCCGCUUGUAACUAUCGACCGGGUUUCGUGCCGUUCGGCAGGGACGAGUUCGUGCUCACAAUGUCGUUGCCUGUGAUCUCGUUGGCGACCGACAUACCUGCACGCGCUCUUAUGGCCUGGGAUCGACGGCUUCUGUCUCGCACGCAGCAUCUCACAUUGAUCGUAUCUGGAUUCCGAGGUGUAUAUCCGGUCCUACAAAAGGAUGGAACAAUCUUUCUUGAUGCGCUGAAGCGGGCGGUUUCCUUGCAAUUCAGGAUCGGGCUGACAGCCACACAAAAGCCAUCGAAGGAGCACGUUGCCGAGGUCGUGCGCAACUUCGGGUUAAAGGAAGAUAGAGCUGCGGAUGCCACGGAUACAAUUACGCUGCCUGUCUCGCCCGAUCCUGAACUCGAGGAUGAGGAUGUGGAAGUCGAAGAGACAGCGGACGCGUCCGAUCAGUACCUGGAGGAUUUCAGUGAACCGGACACAGAGACACAUGGUUUCCAGCCAUUCAGUCUGAGCUCUUCUUUGGAGAAUCUGCUCAACAACUACUUCUUGAAAGUGGUACAAUUGAGGUUGAAGUACGAGCUCGACUGGGCAAGCGCGGAGCUUCUGUGCUGGGAAGCAGAGCGAUCGCAACAGCCUGAACAAGUCAUCAUGAAGAGCAUGGGCAAGAAAAUGCGUAAAGCGGAAGAAGAGGAAAACGCACUUUCGAGCAGCUACAACCUUCCUCCUGACCCUCUACUUACUGCAGAAGACAGAGGCCAUCUUAACCUACCUCUGAUAGCGUUCUGCUAUCUGAUUCGCCGACUGACGCUUUGUUCUCGCUAUUGCAUUGUUUGCCAUAACAAACUUAGUACCGACUACGAAGCGCUCAAGCCUUACGUCUGUGAUUCGAGACUCUGCACGUACCAAUAUUACAACCUGAAUCGCGGUCCAUCACUUGAAUACGAAAUAUGCGCAAACCCUGCAACUAUAGAUUUACUUGUUUCGUUGGCGUACACUAGUGCAGCGGAGGGAUCCCUGGAUGAACCUUUACCUUUGGGUAUGGGUCUGCGCGUACCUCUGGCUAACAUGGGGUCAUCCUCAGAUCCAGACGGGCUGUGCGACUUCGACACGCUGUCCCGUCCUCAGAUGUGCUCUGUUAUCGUAAAUCUGAUAGAUACCUUGCCUAAAGUCGUAGAUAUGAAGAAACAUCUGGAGAAGUCCACGGAAGGUCGUAGAAUAAAGCCAAGACUGAAGGAUAUGGAUAAUAACAUUACUGAUGCUGCUUGGUCCAUACUUCGAUGGUGUGUUGCAUCGUGCACCGCGCACAUUGAGGAGUUGAGAUCGGAAGAAGAUCGCGUGCACAACAUUGAGCCUACAUGGCGGCAGUUCCGUUUUAGCGUCGGGGCCCCUGAUGCUGAGGCGAAAUUCCGCAGUGCUCUCGUGCAGGCUAAAAAGGUGGACAAUAACACUUUGAAGUACCCAUCUCUAUACGCCUUCCACGGUUCUCCGCUGAAGAAUUGGCAUUCGAUUAUUAGGCAUGGACUUUGGUACAAGAAUAUCGCACACGGGCGUGCAUAUGGCAACGGUGUUUACUUCGCCAAAGAAGGGACCAUCUCUAUGUCCUCAUAUGCCUCUGGUUCCCCAAAAGUUUGGCGAAACAGCGCAGUGCGUGCGCACAAGUGUGCUGUGCUGGCUGAGAUCAUCAACCAGCCAUCGAGAUUCGUCAGUACAGACCCGUACUUCGUCGUGGCGGAUACGCAAUGGAUUGUCUGUCGCUAUUUGUUGGUGAACUCGAGUUCCGGACAAUAUAACCCCGGUUCGAAUCCUCUCCCUGUUUCUGUCAAUCCAGACAUCCCGAUUGUACCGUUGGAUCCUAAGCAUCCCACUACGCUCUCUCACCAUCCCAUCAAGAUCCCGGAACCGUCCUACAAACUAGAGAAACUUCUUGCGGCGCGGCGCGAGGAGUACAUGGAUGCAGACUACGAUGAAGACGACCUGAGCAUUUUUUGUGCUGGAGAGACUGCCGCAUCACAGUCUCAGCCCAUGGAUAUGGAUGAUUCUUCGAAAGCUUUGGACGAUUGGAUCCAUGACCCCGCAUGGGUCAAAACGACGAUCGAACAUAUGAUGCCAGCACCCGUCGAGUCAUCCCCUAUGGCCACCAUGGCUCUGCAAAAAGAGCUGAAGGCAAUGCUGAAGGAGCAGGAGAAGGCGAAGAACUUGAAGGAGCUCGGCUGGUACAUGCCACCUGAACUCAUUGGAGACAACCUCUUCCAAUGGAUUGUGGAGUUACAUUCUUUCGACGAUUCACUGCCUGUCGCGAAGGAUAUGACAAGUCGAGGCGUUAACUCACUGGUCUUCGAGAUCCGGUUCCCACCCACCUUCCCGCACUCUCCCCCAUUUUUUCGCAUCCUGAAACCCCGAUUCUUGCCGUUCAUUCAUGGCGGAGGCGGUCAUGUCACCGGAGGAGGAUCAAUGUGCAUGGAUCUUUUGACCGCGGAUGGGUGGCUUCCAAGUUAUAGCAUUUCGGCGAUACUUUUACAGAUCAGACUUGCGAUAUCUAAUCUUGAGCCUCGUCCGGCUCGGCUGGCUCAGAACUGGGAUGCGCCCUAUGGCAUGCAUGAAGCACUGGAAGGAUACAAGAGAGCUGCCGCUACCCAUGGUUGGAAGAUACCUCAAGGACUAGACAAGCUUGCACACUAG